GGCGGCGCUUCCGCCCGUCAGGACGCACAGAAAUGGCGGCUGCCGGCGCGGCUUUCUCCUUCUCCUCCGCCUCGUCCUCCUCUGCCGCGCUGCUGCGCCCGGGCUGGGCGCCCCUGAGGCGGUGGCGAGCCCUCGCUCGCAGCACCAGCAGCUCCCCUCGCAGCGCCGCCAGUGACGAGGCAACCGUUAUCUCAGGGACAAAGCUUGCUCACCAGGUUUUGCAAGAGGUCCGAAGGGAUGUGGAGUCGUGGAUAUCCGCUGGGAACCAGAGGCCUCACCUCACUGUCAUCUUGGUAGGAGACAAUCCAGCCAGUCACAUCUAUGUCAGGAACAAGAUAAAAGCAGCUGCAGCAGUGGGCAUUUCUAGUGAGAUCAUACUGAGGCCUAAAGACAUUUCACAGGAAGAGCUCCUGGAAAUGACAGCCAAGCUCAACAAGGAUUCAAGAGUUAGUGGUUUAUUAGUUCAGCUGCCUCUCCCAGAUCACAUCGAUGAGCGGACGGUCUGUAACGCCAUCGCCCCUGGAAAGGACGUGGAUGGCUUCCACAUCAUCAAUGUUGGACGUCUGUGUCUGGACCAGCCUUCCAUAAUCCCUGCCACCGCUGCUGCCGUCUGGGAAAUCAUAAAACGGACGGGAAUACAAACAUUUGGAAAAAAUGUUCUUGUAGCUGGAAGAUCUAAAAAUGUUGGAAUGCCUAUUUCAAUGCUUUUACACACCGAUGGAGAGCAUGAAAGGCCUGGAGGUGAUGCUACAGUGACCAUUACUCACAGGUACACCCCAAAAGAGCAGCUCAAGAUCCAUACUCAGCUCGCUGACAUAGUAAUAGUUGCUGCAGGUAUCCCAAAGUUGAUUACAACUGAUAUGGUCAAAGAAGGUGCAGCUGUGAUUGACGUAGGAAUCAACCAUAUCCAUGAUCCUCUUACAGGAAAAACCAAAUUAGUUGGGGAUGUGGACUUCGAAGUAGAUUAUACAGAGCAGCCAAAGCUCUUGAAGCUGAUGCAGACCUGCCUUGAGGAACACCACAGCUAUUGUAUCAAUGGGCUCUGCGCCUUCCACAGCGAGCUGAGGAAGCCCAUAUGCAAGUGCCUUGCAGGUUAUAAUGGAGAAAGGUGUGAACAUUUAACGCUAAAUUCAUAUGCACAUAAUUCCUAUGAGCGCUACAUUGCAGUGGGAAUUGGCAUAGGAAUACUGACCAGUGGCAUACUCGCCAUCAUCUACUACUAUGUAAGAAAGAGAUGCAGGAAACUGAAAUCCCCCUACAAAGUGUGCGUGGGCGAGACGGCGUUGUGAGGCGCUGGCACUGGAAGACUCGGCGGUUUGCCUGCUGAGGAGCAAGGCCCCCCGCGCCAUCGGACAGGUACCCCGGCCUGCCUGAGGAGACGAACUCGAGGGAGCGGCAGAGGAGCGCGCCAAGGGAACUCCCGCAGGACUGACAGGCUCUGUGUGUUGUUGAAGAAAGACUUCCUCUCUUGGGUGAGGGUGGCUCGUGCUCAGGUCCGAGCAGCUGAGGACGCUGGCAGGCCUCUCGGCGCUGUCCUGUGCCCGGUGCUUGCCGUGGGGAGGACUGGUUGGUUUUAGCUGUUUUCAGUCAUUUCAAGUGCUCGUACAGUGUUCUGCUUUGGUCUUUUGUGUCUUUGGUUUGGUUUUGUUUUGGUUUUUUUCUUCUUUUUUCUUCUCUGGAGGAUAAGCACCACCUCCCUCACAGUGAAGCUGUGUUCUGGGCAUCGUGCGCCGACCACGAAGCAUUUGGGUUCUGAUUUCGGUGUCUGCUGGCUGUCUGUGUGGAUGAACAGCGCUCUCCCGACCCAACAGUUACCUUCGGUGUGCUGGGCCAAGUAUGGGCUUCUGGUGCCAUAAAGGACAAAAAAUGCUUUGGACCGAGGAAAAUGUCUGGUUCUCGAAACCUUCCUUAAAUUAGAAUAUGGAGAGUAGGCAAUUCCUGGAAAAUCAAGACCUUGACACCUCUGGGCAUGGCGUGUUCUUACUGUUUUCAGAAGAAAAGCAGCCAGAUACCUUUCUCAAAAUGGAUUAUGGAGUGUCCUCAUGACAAAGGCCUCUCCUCUUCCCAAACAUCCUGUAGCAGCUCCUCAGUUCCAUGGAAUUUCAGGUAGAACAUUGCCUUGCUGCAUCCUGAUUUCUGCACAAGACUUGAAUUGCUAGACAAGCCGGAAUUUCAUUGUGUAACUUCAAUACAGCUUUUCCCAGGAAACAGACUUUCUCUAUUCCGUUUGCACAUGAUGGGCACAAUGUGACCACUCAAAUAAGAAAGAAAUUAUUUUAGGAAUUCAGUUCCACCCUGGACCAACAGAUUCCAUAUCGCAUGCUUGGUUCUGUUCAUCUUAUCUACAAAGAAUUGGGAAGGUACAAACAUUUGGUUCCAGGAAAAGGGAAGAAAAUUGGUUCCGAAGAUGGUGGCACUAACUGGGACUUCUCACUGGAGUGUUUGCCAGCGCUGAUGCAACUAGAGAUGGCUCUCAGAGAUUUUCAUUUCAGCUGUUGCACAUUGUAGACUCAUCUGCUGUGCUCAGCCAUCUACCAGAGAAAGGCAGCUGGUACUUUGAGACCUUGUGGGGCAAUGUCGGCUCCUAAAUUCAGGUGCCCUGCUGCAAGCUCAGUUUCUUUGUUAUGUGAGUUAAUUUUCACAACAAGGAUGCAUGUUGUUUGUUGAAAAAGCUCUCUGUUUGUGAGGCUACGGUGGCAAUGCUGAAAUGUGUAUGGAGGGUGGGGUUUGGAAGAGUAAAGGUGUGUGUGUGGCACUAGAAUGGUCUGAAGUUCAGGGGGCUUCUCAUGUGGGGAUCCUGAUCAGUACCUGAGCCAUCUUGGCUCUGUGAUAGCAGUAAAUAAAACAGCACAUCACACACUUCUUGGAAUCCCCUGUAACAGAGGGAGCAAGCAGCAUAUGCACACACAAAAAGGAUUGCUGGUGAGCAGUGGAUGGACACCAGGCCUCUGCUCUGCACAUUGACACCAGCAUUUUCCAACUCUCAGCCUUUUUGUCUUCUUAAUCUCCAGUCAAAUCUUUGCCUUGUUUGCUCCUUUCCAUUCUUCUGACCUUUUCUUAGGUUCCACUGCUUGAUAACUUGUGCUCUUCACGGUCUUCAAGUCAGCUCUCAGUACUGGCCCUAACAUUUUCUGUCACACAUUUGUGAUGAGAGGGCAGUUAGGUGUAAAUUAGAGUCUGCACAUCCUCACAAACAAAACCCACCCUUCACCCAUCUCACAUGGGAAUUUCAAAUGUGCACAUUAUUAGGAAGACACAAGUGAGAGACCUUUCUCCUUGGUCUCUGGAGAAAAUUGUAGAGAUGAAUAUCCAAAGGAUGAAAAGCCUUGGAGCUUUUGUCACAUGAGUGCAUCUCCCUCUCCCCAGUGCGUUGUCUCUUCCUGCGCUCUCACUGCGGUGUUGCAUCCACUUCCCAAGGACCAGCCCAGUGGCAGAGGCUGUCUUGGAGCAGAUGCACCCCCUUCACAACUGCCUCAGGGGGUACUUGUCACAGAAGUUCUGAGCUGCUGGACUUCACCUUGCCCAGAGAAAACUGUUGGGGAGAGAUGCAUUUUGUUUGAAUGUUCUCUUACUGAUGUUUGUUAUGCCCUUUGUGUACCAGAGGCCAAGCAGGUGCCCUGCAGGAUAUGCAAGUGCCUCUUCAGUGAUGUUUACUCUUUGCAAUGAGCCAUUUUGUACCUACAGCAGCAUACACUGACCAGAUUUUUUCAAUGUUUAGUUACACAUACAUGAAAAGGAAGUUCUGCUUCAGGGUCACAAUUUAGCAGGAGACUAAAUAGUGAAAUAUAGUUUUGUAGUUGGCUUUAAGGCCCAAGGCAGCUUUGGAAGUGAGAGUUUGCUGAUAUUUUUCUGCUAGUGGAAGAAAAACUGGAGAGUGAAACACAGAUAAGCCCAGGCCAUGCAGAAUGAGACUUUGUGUUGGGGCAGAAUGAGAAUAAAUGGAAAGAUGAAGAUGGGAAGAAGGGAGGGAAGGUCGGAAGGAAAAGAAGAUGCUUGAUUUGUCUUAGUUUUCUUUCUCCAAGUGGUGUCAUGGCUUCUAGCGCUGGAUUCCUCACCACCUGGGUGCUGUGGACCCAUCCUGCAGAAGCAGAGCCUCAGAGCAGCCCCAGCUGUGCGAGGCAUGGCUGCAGGACUGACUCACAGUGCAGUUUGGCUGAGGGAGCCUGCAUGGCCUCAGAUCGCUUCAAGGAGCCAGCCCUGCUGAGCCCUACCUUGAUAAGUGACAGAUGCUGCCAGCCUGGAAUGGUGUGUUGCUGCUUACAGUGCUGAAUUUCCUGCAGAACUGGCCCGUCAAAGGAUCAGGAUCAUCUUUCCUAGCUCAUUUAUCAGGCUCAGACUCUUUCUGUAGUGGCGUAAUUAAUAGAGUUGUAAGCUUCUCCUUCCCAUUCCUGCUGCACGUGCCAAAAACUGUCAUUUCAAGAGGAGCCCCUGCGUUUGUGUGACUUUUAGGCAGGGCUGCCCCAGCUGUGAGGAGCAACAGCUCAGCAGGGCCAAGCUGGACCAGGGUCUUCCUUUCUGAAGGACAGAGCACUUGCCCUGUGAAUGAUCCAGGCUGGUGGAACCACACUGGCUUUUCCUGCAGCACAUCUCUCAAGCUGAGUUGCCCUUAAGCCACCCAGCCCUGAUCCUGCUUCACUGGCAUUUGCAGCCACUGUGCAGGUGUGCUGGGCUGCCACUGAACAUCUUCCCCGAGUUCAACUCCCAUUUUCUGAGCAGGUGUGUGGGUGGCCUGCAGUUUCCCUGAUCCCAGCAAGGUCCGCUUCAAACAGUGAGAUGUGAGUCUGGGAAAAAGAUGCCUUUCAAGACACUACCUUUGGUUUUGGAGGGAAGUGUAAGGAGCUGGAUUGAUGCUCUGGGUGUGCAGUGUCCUUGUCCUGUGUGCCCGCCAGGGCAAGCUGGUGGCUGGCAGGCAGGUGGGAGACAGCUUUUCCUUGGAGAUUUUCUCUUACCUGUAGUAACCCACAGUCUAUUUGGAUAAUGACACAGCAGGUCUUCUCCAUGCCACUUACAGUAAAAGUGCAAUUCUGAUUCGUGCUGCUGCAGCAGUGCAGUCCUGCCUUGUGUUUGUGUACUAAGAACUAGCUGUGGAACUGCUUACUUCCUAGUGCCUCUCAAUUUCAGGCAAGAAAAAGAAACCAAAACAAA